AUGAACUUCAAUUUGAUUGGGAAAUAUUCUUGGAGAAUAUCAGAGGAUCAAGAAAUGGUACAACAGUUGGUGAGUAAACUAUUUCAUUCAUUUAAAUCUUCACAGAUUGAAAAUGCUUUGUUGCUCUUAUCUACACCAAUAUCUCACGUUUGUGUUUUUUGCUGCUGUUAUUCAACUAUUGCAAGAUAA